AUGCCUGCCACUUCGGUCGGCCUGGCUCCCAACCAAAUCAAGAACCUUGUCACAUUCGGCGACUCUUACACUGAUGUUGAUGCCCAUGCGGACGGCGGGAUCAUGUGGCCCGUCUUCGCCGCCCAGGAUGGAAACUUCUCUCUCUUCCCCUUCGCCAAGUCGGGGGCCGCGUGCUCGAACGAUAUCACUCCCCGGCCCUCGCCUUCCAUCUUCGAAAGCCAGCUCCCGGCGUACUUCGCGGAGGUCGCCAACGGGUCUCUCACGCUCGAUCCAGCUACUACCGUCUACACGUUGUGGAUCGGAACAAACGACGUCGGUGUGGGAGGGCUGCUGGUCGGCCAUGGCGCGCCGGGAGUGACGAUCGUGGACACGGUCACUUGUGCCGUGAACUGGGUGGACGCGCUCUACAAGUCUGGAGCGCGUAACUUCAUCUUCCAGAACAUGAUCCCGCUCGAAACGACGGUCCUCUACGCGGCCGACUCGUACCCAAACCGCUUCUGGACCGCGGAGCGCAACACGACCGAGUGGAGCGUGCUCAUGCGCGAGAUAACCACUUCAGGGAACGCCAUCGCGAAGUUGAUGCUCCAAGCCCUCGCGCCCACUCUCCCCGGGUCACAUAUCGGCGAGUCCUCCUUCACGGGUCUCUUCGACUCGCACACGCUUUUUGCGGACAUGUUUGCCGAUCCGAGUCGCUUUCUGAACGGUACCGCGCCGCUCAACGUCACCGGCGCCGUUCACUCUUGCGUCUUCGCGCUCAACGAGAGCAUGGGCGAUCCUGGCGUGUGCACCGAUGCCGUCGGCACUGACCAGGACAGCUUUUUGUGGUUCGACGAGUUGCACCCCUCGGUGCAGGCGGACCGAGUCGUCGCGGAGUUGAUCGUAGGUUCGAUUAACAGGGAGCCGUCGGCGGACAGGUACAUCACUUGGCUGUCGUGA